AGUAACCAAAUAUUCGAUUCUUUUACAACUCGACUAUUUUUAAUACGUUUUGCAAAGUUAAACACACUUUAUUUAUUUAUUAAUACAAUUUAUUAACAAAGCUUAAUGGCUGCUGGACCUAUUGCCGAAAGGAAUCAAGAUGCUACAAUAUAUGUUGGUGGUCUUGAUGAUAAGGUGUCUGAAACAUUAUUAUGGGAGUUGUUUGUACAAGCCGGUCCUGUAGUUAAUGUUCAUAUGCCAAAGGAUCGUGUUACUCAAAUGCAUCAAGGAUAUGGAUUUGUAGAGUUUCUUAGUGAAGAUGAUGCUGACUAUGCGAUAAAAAUUAUGAAUAUGAUAAAACUAUACGGAAAGCCAAUAAGAGUCAAUAAAGCAUCGGCACAUCAAAAGAAUUUGGAUGUUGGUGCGAACAUAUUUAUUGGAAAUUUGGACCCUGAAGUCGAUGAAAAACUUUUAUACGAUACUUUUUCAGCUUUUGGUGUUAUAUUGCAAACACCAAAAAUUAUGCGAGAUCCUGAAACUGGUAAUUCUAAAGGAUUUGCUUUCAUUAACUUUGCAAGUUUUGAAGCGUCUGACGCUGCAAUGGAUGCAAUGAAUGGUCAAUAUCUUUGCAAUCGCCCCAUAUCUGUUUCAUAUGCAUUCAAGAAAGACUCAAAGGGAGAACGACAUGGUUCGGCUGCGGAACGAUUGUUGGCAGCUCAAAAUCCAUCUUCACAUGCUGAUCGACCGCAUCAACUCUUUGCAGACGCUCCUGUGCCUAGUAUGAUACCUGUAAUGGCUGGACAAUUAAUUCCACCUCCAUUGUUAGCGCCUCCUCCUCCACCAAACACUGGUUCUACGUCAAUGAUGCCUCCACCACCUCCGGUACCUCCACCACAAUCUGCAUUUGUGCCUCCACCACCAUUACCACCACUAGCAGGAAAUCAAUCCUUACCACCCCCAGUAGGAAUACCACCACCACCGAGAAUGCUGCCUCCCAAUUCUUGGCCAUCAGCAGCACCUGCACCCCCUCCUCCAAAUUGGAGACCAACUGGGUUCCCCACUGCUCCUUUUCCCCCAACACCGUUUAAUGGUGAAUCGACUGUAGGAUAUCAAUAUUAAUUAUAAUAUAAUUUAAAAAUUAUGUGUAAUGCUCUUUUAUAACAUAAAAUGUUUAUAUUAAA